CUUCGCAAAUUUUGGGAGGCUAACAAUUUACACUUCACAGCACAGAAGCGCAUCAAAACGAGAAGGCGAUAAUGAUAACCAUCUCUCUCUUCUCUCGUUGCUCUGCUCCUCCAACGGUUGUUUCUCCGGGAUCUCAUCGCCCCGGCAGCGUGUUCCGGCCGGAAUAUGGUCUUCGUCUUCGAAAAUCUCAAUUUGGUAUUAAAACCCUACGCCUUCACAGCAGCAAUUCCUCCAACGGACAAUCAAAGGAGGAGGAGUACAAGUCGAGCUCGAGCAGGUUCCUGGAUGAAGAAGGCGUGGUGGAAGACAUGGACGGAUACCUCAACUACCUUUCACUCGAGUACGAUUCAGUUUGGGACACCAAACCUUCCUGGUGUCAACCAUGGACAAUUGCCCUCACUGGAACAUCCAUCAUUGGUGGAAGCUGGCUAAUAUUGCACAACGUCUUAGCCACUUCAGUUGCUUCCACUUUAAUCUGCACCUGGUGGUACAUCUUUCUCUAUUCUUACCCAAAGGCAUAUAAGGAAAUGAUUGCUGAGAGAAGGAAGAAGGUCACCAGUGGUGUUGAAGACACAUUUGGUUUAAGAAACAGUCCUUAAUCUUUUGCUGGAAAAACCAUCAUCAACUGAUGCCAGGCAUGAGUGAGUCGAUUUUGGUGCGACAGUCCAUGGAUAGAUAAAACAAAGAAAAAUGGGAGGAAAUAAACACAACUUCAAAUGGUCAUAUAGCUUUUGAUUUCACCGGACAGAAAGCUCUCAUCACAAACCUUUGAAUUUUUUUUUUGAAAGUAAGGUGUGUACAAGAAUUGAAAAACACACCUCUUGUCCAUGUACAUUCUCCCUUGGUUAUGGACCCAAAGCGAAUAAUCGGUUACACCAUCACCAAUUCACCAUGCACCUCUUAUUAUUCAAACCCCAAUUUGGUUGCACUAAAAAAUAAAGAUUGAGAACGAAUAGUUGUACAAGUUAUCACAGAAAAUUUGAAUGUCAG